GUUUUGGCCACAGGACGAGUAUUAUUAUUAUUAACAAUCCCACUUUUUGGCUUCAAUUUAUCCGUUUAUGAAUACGUCUCUUCUAUCUUUGUCUAGGCGAGCAUGUGACUGUGUCUCCCGCAAUGCCUGCUCUCGACAUCCCUAGGGAGUUCCUACGACAUGCUGUGAUAGACACCGUUAUUCCGCAGGCUUCGAAUAUAGACAUCGAAGCUGCGCUGGCUUCUGCUUUGGAAGGAGGCGCAGAUGAUUUGUCCGCCGUGCUCUCGUCGAUACCUCAGCGAUCUCUGUUGUUUUUUGAUGAAUUUCUCCAGGCUCAUAUAGUCCUGAGACUCUCAAAUUGCUCAGUGGAUGCUCUCCAACAUCAUAUCCAACGUCUGGAGAUUCGACUCGAUGCUUUCGCCAUUGAUCCUGCGGAGUCGGCCACCGAAAACCACCCGCCUACAAAAGAUCUAGUAUUCUCAGGAAUUGUAGAUGGAAAGGAGGAGCCUUUAGUAGUGGUGAAUGCAUUUGAAGGAGAUGAGGAAAGUGGAAAUCAUGUAUAUGUAAUAUGGAACAUCGAAACCUUUCUCAGACGUCCUCGCGUUCGUAUACAACAUCCCUCUGUCCUAUUCAUUGCUUCGGCGAGUCUGAACCCUACGGAAAGACGAGCGCAUCAAAAUCGGGACGAUGGCUACCUUCCGCCGCUCAUUCCUGCUUCUACGAAUGUGUUGCAACCCCUGUCGGCGGACAGUGCUUUGAACAAAACAGAACCAUUUCUUCCAGCUUCAAGACUUUUACGGGUUGUGCCAGCGACAUAUGUGGAGGAACCGAUAGAUAAUAUACAACAGCGCACAAGCAAUCCAAUCCGAAUUGUUCCUGCAGCCAGUGCCAGAAUCCGCUACACGCGACUCAAAACCUACACCGGGAAGCCGACGACCGUCGCCAGUCUGGAUUUUGAAGUCAGCCCCUUUUUAAAUAGCGAUGUAAUAUUGGAUAAAGCGGAACUUGCGCUUUCUGAUGGGUCCAUCGAAACCCUGUCAGACGUCCCGGGGCUCUCUCCGCCCAUAAUCUGUCGUCCAAGGGACGAUAUCAGCUUGGUGUAUAAGCUGGUGCCCGAAUACGAACCAGAUCCAAAUCCCUCAACAACGGUGAUGUCGAGCACGUUAGAUAUUUCGCUGGGCGCAACCAUACUUCUGUCCGAGGAUUGUCAUCCCAACAUUUCAAUGCAAUGGAGAACGACAGUUGAUUUCUCGGUGAUUCUCAAUCCAACCUUUGGGGGACCCAGCCAGGCCUUGCAACGAAAUAAUCGGCCGGCAAGCCUCUCGAUGAGCCUAAACCAGUCAAACGGUGUGGUCAGUGCGCCUUCACUCCGCCGAAGCUCCUUAAGAGAACGAGCAUACUCGGUCGCAGACAUGGGGGUGACAAUAUCGUUCUCUGGACCUGCCCAUGUCGAGGUUGGCAAGCCAUUCUCUUGGGGCAUUUUCAUUGUCAAUCGUUCUCCAAUCGCCCGAAAACUCGCCAUGAUUGCGAUUCCCCGGAGAAAGCUAGUGGACCCAUGCGGUCAUGCAACUCGGCCGUCUACCUCAUCUCUAAUGGGAGAGCCUGUGGCUGAGGCCGUGACAGAUGAGAAUAUUAUCCAUGCAAAACAGAAGAGUGUGGCUGGUCAGGAUGCGGAGUUGAUAUGUUUGACCACAGAUAUUAGAAUUGGGCCGCUUCUACCUGGUACAUGCCACUCGACCGAGUUCAAACUGCUUCCCUUGGCCAUUGGUGCGCUUCACUUGGAAGCCGUCCGCAUAGUGGAUCUGCAUACAAACGAACCAACGGAUAUCAGGGAUCUUCCAGACAUUUUGGCCUUUGAUGGAAAGGGCACAGGGCUUUGAGGUUGCUUACGGCGUAGUGUAGAAGAUUGUCCGUCGUCAUUGUACAUAUGAAGCUAUCACCGUCGGAAAUACCAACACUAACAGCAAGACUACCACGGAAUAUAACGAAGGGAAUUGGUAGAGAAGCC